UAUCACAAGCAUUAUGUGCAUGUAUGAUUUACAAUUAUUUAUCUCAUUUGUUUAAAUUUAUAUUUGGUUGCAAAUUCACGUGAUAAUUAUGUUUAUUUUCAUAACGUGAUAAUGAAAUGAAACUUUGAUAUUGAUUACAUAUAUACAUAUAGAUGCACUGCAAUGGUCAUACAUAUUUGUUAAAUAAAAAUCUGAAAAAGUUUACAGAAUAAAAAUGAAGUUUGAUGAUGUUUUAAAAAAGAUUGGAGAAUUUGGUACAUACCAGAAAGUGUUGUAUGUUGUAGUAUGUUUGCCAGCUAUCAACUGUGGAAUACUUAUGCUGAUUUCUGUGUUUGCAUUAGGAGUCCCCAAGCACAGAUGUGCAAUACCAGGAUACGACAAUGACACAUACGACGCCUGUUCGAUAUUGGUUAACGAAACAAUCCCUCUAUCGAACGAUCCAGAUUUGAAAUAUAACGCAUGUUAUAUAUUCCCUAUGAAUGUCAGUAACUAUGACAACUACAGCUAUCCAAUAAACGCAACUUCCCAUAAAUGUGACAAAUGGGUAUAUGACAAAUCAGAAUUUGAAGAAACCCUCACAACAGAGUUUAAUCUUGUUUGCGAAGAUGCCAAAGUCACAAAACAGACAGUUAUCAAGACGCUAUUCUUUGCUGGAUUUCUGGUUGGCUCUAUCGGCUUUGGAUUUUUAUCAGACAGGUUUGGUAGGAAAAACACAUUGCACAGUUCAUUCAUGUUGGUAGUGAUGUCAGGCAUAACAAUUUACUGGGUCAAGUCUGUAACACUGUAUAUUAUACUUAGAUUUCUAGUUGGGGCCGCCUGCGCUGGAAUAUUCCUUACAUCAUAUGUUAUAGGGAUGGAAAUGGUUGGACCGUCAAAACGAUUGUGGGCGGGGACACUUAUCCAUACGUUCUUCGCAAUUGGUCAUGUUACUUUAGCGGGCAUGGCUUACUUUGUACGAGACUGGAGAAAUUUAGAAUUAUAUGCGGCGAUACCAAAUAUUGUCUAUCUGGCAUAUUAUUGGUUAAUUCCAGAAUCUCCUCGAUGGCUUUUGGCAAAUGGCAGAAGAGAAGAAGCAGAAUGUGUGUUACGUAAAGCUGCCAAAAUAAAUGGUGUAAGACUUCAAAAUGGACGGUUUUUAGACAGAUAUAACGAAAAUGAAGACUCGGGAAAAGUUUGGCAUCUUUUUCGGUCAAGGGUUAUGACCAUUCGCACAUUAGUCAUAUUUUUCAACUGGCUGGUUGUCGCACUGGUGUAUUAUGGGCUUUCAUUAAGUGCAAACAAACUUGGUAUUAACGUAUAUCUCGACUUUCUGUUGCUAAGUUUGUGCGAAUUUCCUGCAUGUGCUCUUUGUAUUUUACUCUUCAAUCGAAUCGGACGUAAAAAGCUUCAUAUGAUGUUUAUGGGUGUAGGCGGCCUUGCAUGUAUUGGUACAGUGAUAUCAAAAGAGUAUGGGGAUAAUAAUGCAGCAAUAGCACUUUCUUUGAUCGGGAAAACUGGCGCAGCCGGAGCCUUCGCUUCCAUUUAUGUAUAUUCAGCUGAACUGUUUCCAACAACUGUACGGAAUUCUGGAAUCGGGGCGAGCUCUUGUGCAGCGCGUCUAGGAGCGAUGGCAGCGCCAAUUAUUGCUGAUAUAAAUGGGCUGCUAAACACCGAGAGAGAAGACUGGACAAUGGUUAUAUUUGGAAGUGCCAGUCUUGCUGCAGGUAUAUUGACACUACUGUUACCAGAAACUGUAAAUAGAGCGCUUCCAGAAACCAUCGAAGACGCCGAACGUUUCACUAUGAUGUAUGUGCACGAAGAACAAAUGAGACUGCUAGAACGAUGAUCCAGUUGGGGUUUUUAUCUUAUACUCAAACAUGGAAACAUUCUUCUAUAAUUCACAAAUUAAAAUUUUCAAAGUCAUUGUUGACAAAUGCUUAAGACCUUUGCAGAUUUGUAUUAUUAUUUGAUGAAGUCAUAUGCUAUUUGAUCUGUUCGACAUGGAAAAAUUCUAUAAUGAGAAAUUAUGUUGACCUGUUUGGAAUAUGCCUGUAUUAAACCACUCAUUCUGGUGUUUGUUUUAUUACCUAGAUAUGAACUAUAAAUAUAUAAGAAAAGAAAUACCAGGCAAAAAUUUGUAAACAUUGUUUCCCGCAUAAAUCUGUCGAAACGCCUUUCAUUAUCAAUCAUGAGGACAUUGUCGCCGCCAACAUACACGUUCAAAGUUAAACAGGAUGUUUCAGUCAAAGCCACAAUUAAAUCAUGUUUGAUAUAUGCAUGUAGUUUUAUUGUAUACAUGCCAUCUUGUUAAACAUACACAUUUAAGUGCUUUCUCUUUAGAUAUGAUUUAAAUAAAACAUUCCUCAGCCCAAAAUAUGUUUUUCAUUAUUUAUACUGUAAUUAUAGUUAUAAUGGUUUUUUUUAUUCUCGCUAAAAACAUACUGAAACUGAAAAAAAUGGUAAUACUAGGACCUUACAUAUUCAAAAGAUGCUGGUUAAAUACAAGAAAUCAACCCCAUAUUUUAAUUGUCACGAAAAGGCCCCAGAAAAAAUAAAAGCAGCUGUGAUUGAAAUAUUGAAGAAUUUUCCAAUGAAAUAGUGUAAGGAUUGCUUUGUGUAUUUGACUAUCAAGAUAAUACUGUAGUAAGUUACUUUUAUACAUUUGUGACAAUUUCAAACUGUUAAGCGGUCAUACUAGUGACAAAAUAUUUAUGUUACUAGCUUCCGAAACUAUUAGAUCAACAAUGUCAGAUGUCCAAAAUGCUAUCUAUAUCUUUUUGACAAUAUAUGCUAGCCCUUUAAACGCAAUGUAGAGUGAAUUU